AUAGCGUUCCUCGCGGUGACUCUGAACCCAGAGGCGCGUCACGCAGCGCACGGGUGACCAGAGAGACCCCGCAGUGCUUCUCUCACAGUGAAUCUGCGCGCCGCACUCGCUGGUUAAACCGCAGCUGCCAAUACCCGAGCUAUCGGAACAGCAUCUCCCAGCACCGAGACCAGAGGAGCGAUGCGUCGGAGAGAGAACAUGAUGCUAGCGCUGUGCGUUUUAACGCCGUGCUUACUGUGGAGCGGAGCGCACUGCAAGGGGUAUUCCUUGCCGUAUUCCCCAGAGAAUGAAAGGAUUUGCCGGGACUCUGUGACGGAGUAUUACAAAGAGGAUCUGAAACUGUGCUGCAGCCGCUGUGCCCCAGGUACUCACCUGGAGAAGGAGUGCUCCACAGCCUCAGACACGCAGUGCAAGCCAUGCAGGGAGGGGAGGUACACCAGCAUCUGGAACUACUACCCCCAGUGCUUCAGAUGCCCCGGAUCGUGCAGCGAGGAGGAUGGCAUGGUGGAGAGCAGACCCUGCAGCCUCUCGAACCCGCGUCUCUGUGACUGCGUCGAGGGGAUGUACUGUGUGAUGAGAGCCACCAUCCACUCCUGUGAAGUGUGCCAGAACCGCACCUGGUGUGAGCCAGGCUUCGGAGCCUCCAGACCAGAAUCUGCGGACCACGACACGGUGUGCUCUCCCUGUGAACCCGGGUCCUUCUCCUCCCAGCCCAGCUCUGCACCCUGCCAGUGGCACACCGACUGCUCAGCUCAGGGGCGCCCUGUCCUGUCUCAGGGUACCAGCUCGUCGGACACAGUAUGUGGGGAUGCAGUCCCAGUCACCCCCCCAGGAGGGGGCAGCACUGAGCCUCCCCACACUCCCCCCCCAAGCCUGGGCAGAGAAACAUCCUCUACAGCCUUCGUUGGAGAGCUGAGAUCCAGGAACGAGGGAGGGGGCAGGGAGCAGGGACUCAUGUAUGGUAUUGCAGGCGGGAUAGCGGGGUUCCUUCUCAUUAUCGGGGUUCUGGCUGCAAAGUGUGUCCAGAUGAGAAGAGCAGUGAAGCCUCCGAGGAUCGCUGAUGCUGAAGCCAGCAAGGUUACCGAGUGCCCCCCCGACAGGCACCAGCGAGGCUCCUCCUUCGGCCACGCCCCCAGCCCCCCCGCACAGGAAGAGCAGUGCCUUCUGGGAGACGAGGACUCCAGCAACCCCUCCCUCACUUCCUCUUCCUCCUGCAAUGGGGAGGCCAAUCAGAGCCGAGGGGCGGGGCCUAGGGGGGCGGGCCCGGGAUUGUGCUGCUCGGACAGUGCAGAGGGAUCAGACGCUGUGACCGCUCGCGGGACGCACGUCAGUGUCAACAUCCAGGCUGUGAUCAGCUGUCACCACCAGCCCCCUUCUCCCCCCGCUCACAGGGGCUGCACGCACCCCCAGGAGGGGGUACCCCUGUCCCAGGAGGAGAGCUACACCAGCCUGCCCCCCUCCCAGCAGGAGAUAGGCAAGGAUGCACGCACGGGGGUGCAGGAGCGUGGGGGGUGCAGUGCACUCUGAGAGCUGUCAUACACAGACAGGCCACCAGGGGCAGACCAAGCACACACACAAAGUACCAUUGCAGUCCACCCUGUCCUGAACAGACUGGGUUCUGUGGUUCUCUGAGCUGCUGCGUUCCUGUUCAUGUUAUUGUUAUAGUGAUGUGCCUGUACUGGGAGCAGUCACUGAGCUGGUGUAGUGAUCUGGGGUUCACCGCUGGCACACACACACACACACACACACGCACACAGGGACUUUCAUCUCGUAACUGGCGUUGCAGUGAGAGUGCUGAUACUGGUCUGACUGGAGGAUGGAGGCAAUCACAGGAAGAAGAGGAGAGGAGAGGAGAGGAGGGGGUUCAAUAGAAGACAAGCUCCUGUAUUGGUUUGCAUUGUUUUGUAUACAUGUAAAUAGAGACAUAUAUAUUUUUUUGUAAUCAGCAUUGAAAUGAUGUACAUUUGUGUCUCUGUGCAGUUACUGCUUGUCAAGGCUGCGUGUGUGUUAGGAUUGGUUUCAAUUGCUGUUCUGUUCAGAUGCUUUCUGCCUUUGUCUCGCUGUAGCAAACUGACCUGAAUUGUGUCUGUGUGAAGCACUGAUGGGGUAACAGCACCAUCUAGCGGGAGCUUGGUGGUAUUGCAACAAAUAAGCGCGAUUCAUAGGGUCUGUCUGUAAAAUAAAGACAGACCAAUCCAGCGCCUCUGCUGUAAAGCUGUACUUAUAAAUAAAUACACAUACGCUCACCUUGCAUAAAACUGUCAAAUAAAUACAGAAAUAAAGUGUUUACAAACAAUGUUUAUUACUUAA